UAACUGUAUGCAUAUAUGCACUAUCUAAAGGGAUUUCACAAAGAAUUACUGGUAGAAGAUCAGAUUGGCCAACAACUGCCUUUGUUUGAUAUAAUGUCAUUGUUCAUCAAAGCGUUAAAGGAUCAUUGUUUGAAGAAACUGAAACUACAGAAUCAAGGAAUAGCAGUUGACAUGAACAAAACUCUUUUUGUCGUUACUGUUCCUGCAAUAUGGACAGAUGAAGCAAAGAAAUUCAUGAGAGAUGCAGCUAUAGAGGCUGGUAUAGGUAAAAGAAAUGUAUUGUUAGCCUUAGAGCCAGAAGCUGCUGCAAUAUAUUGUUUACAUCUCCCUGAGGGACAAAGAAAAGAAAUGAAUGACCUUGGUAUGAAAGGAGAAAAAUUCCUAGUAGCAGACUUGGGAGGCGGGACAGCUGACUUAUCUGCAGUAGAAGUAGACGAAACUGGCUGUCUGAAAGAAAUAUGCCCUCCACUUGGUGACCCGGUUGGUGGUCAGAAAAUAAAUGAAGCAUUCCUGCAAGUUUGCCAUGACAGUUUUGAAGGAAAAGGUUGGAAAGAAACAUUUAGCAAGGCAACACCCGUUGAAAUGUUGAAAAUGGAAGCAGAUUUCGAACAGAAAAAAGUUACAAUCGGUUCCGAAGAUGAAAGCGCUGAAAUGAUUGAUGUAGCUAUCCCAGCACCAGUUCUAGAUAAACUUGAAGAUAAAUCCAUUCGACUCAAGGACAACGCUUAUCUAUCGUACCAGGACAGGGAGUUAAUGUUUAAUUCCAGACGUAUCCGUGACAAUCUGUUCAAAGAAACGUGCAAAGUUGUCUAUGGGACUAUAAGGAAAGUGCUUAACAAUACUGGAGCAAAGGGGUUAAAAACCGUCGUUCUUGUUGGGGGUUUUGCGGAAUCACCCAUCGUAAUCGAAAACAUCCGGCAAAUGAUUGUUAAUGACUUUCCGGAAACCAAGGUUGUAAUACCCUCAUCGCCCUUUAAGGCCGUUCUAAAAGGGGCAGUCUUGUUUGGCCACGACCCCCUAAUAUUUAGAAGCAGAAUAAGUAGGGAAACUUUUGGAAUAGAGACAAAUGUGUUGUUUGAUGAAAAGGUGCACGAUGUGUCAAAGAAAUGGAAACACAAAGAUACAGGAGAAGACUGGUGUAAAGAUAUUUUCAGUCUGCAUGUUCGUAAAGGCAAGUCGGUGAUUUUAGGCGAUAAACAGCCAGUUAAAAUCUACACUCCUGUUUAUGAAAAUCAAACACAAAUGCGCUUUCCUAUUUACACUGCUACAUCAUUAAAUCCAAAAUACACAACUGAAGAUGGUUGUAAACACAUUGGCAAUAUCACGGUUGAUAUUCCUGAUACAACAGGCGGAACAAAAAGGAAGUGCGAAGUAAGCAUGAUUUAUGGAGGUACGGAAUUGUCUGUAAUCGCAAAAGACAAAACGACGGAGAAGGAGUUUAACGCAGACAUUCAAUUCUGUAAUAUGUAAAACUGGUGAGCGUAAACAGAGCAUAAACUGAGCAUAAACUGCAUUGUAUACUGUAGAUAUUGAAAAUUCACAUACACGGCAGAGAGGAAUUUGGUUGAGUUUUAGAAAUAGUUUGUAUUCAAAAUAAAUUUUAUGUGAAUGAUACGCCGAAAUGAGUACAGUGGCAAGAGGUGAACUUUUCUAUUUGUAAAUAAGGACACACACAUAUAUUUUACAUAUGAUAAUAUUAGAAUGGAUAUAAGUUUAAGAACUAGAUGUUCAACUGCAAGUUACCUUGUUGUUACUUCAAUGUAUUACGAAAUUUCAAACAUAUGGAAAAGGAGAAUAUAUCUCUAUUCAUAUGCUUACAAGUUGAAUGUAAUGUAUUGAUAUUUCAUAUUUAUAUUUCAUAGAUUUUGAUUUUAAUGUUAUUCUAUCAUUUACAAUACAAUAAUGUCGUAUAUGAUAUAAUUUUUCUUCUCCGUUCAGAUGGCCAUUUUGUUCAAGGCAAAUUGAGGAUGUCCAUAUAUAAGAUAAAUGUGUUUACACUUCUUGUAAGUUGGGGCUAAGUAUAAUGUGAAACAAUUCGGAUGGACAAAUGCAUUUGAAAAAUGAAAACAAAUAAUCGUUUCAAAUAGUGCAACCCGGAAGACACAAUUAUUUAAAACAACUUGCUGUACCGAAUUUAAAAAAAAAUUAUUUACUGAUAGUUGUAUUUUUUUUAAAUAUAAGUCAUGCUUUAUUCAUUUAAUUUAGUAAAUGUACAUACAUAACAUAUAUUCGAACUUUUAUAUAGCAUAUAUUAUUGCUGUAAAUAGAAUGAUUUUUAUUUGUAUUUUCAUUUAUUUUGUUUGGUGGUACACUUUUGAUAUAACAAAAAAUAGGAUGUGAUUGGGUAUAUUUAAUAUAGUGAUUGAGGGUUGUUGCACUGAUAAAGUCAUGUGAUCUGAUAUAUGUAUAUGGCAUUCUUGCUUAGUUACCUCAUGUUUAGUUAAGCGUAUAUUCGUAACUGCUAUCAAAGAAAUGAUUUAAUAUUAUUGUAGUUAAUCAUAUCAUGUGUUACUUAUUUUAUUUAACUACUGACUGUUGUUAUAUUUAUCGUAUUUAUGAUUUAUUAUAAUAUUGAUUGAUGUUAUUAUUACUCAAGUGUAUGUAGUAGUUUUUAAAAUUUGUUGUUAGAAUUUUAUUAAAUUCUUGAAGGAAAGCAAAAUUUAUUUAAUUUCCUAUAAACGGGUGUAGAAAUUGAUAAAUAAACUAAUUCUGUCA